GUUCCGCAUUCCCGGUUCAGGACCUGUAGCAAGGUCCAUGGGCUGCACACAAUUAAUCCGAAUACGGUACGGCUCGUGCGUAAACGGCCUGAUUGCGGUAGAGGGCGUCGGUGCCAUAGCGGCGACCGUGCCUGCAGACCAGAGGGGAGGGGAGAGAGAGAGGGGAAGAGGGAGGGAGGUAAGGCGGAUCUUAGUUAGACGAAACAGACCACACAUUUGUAAUAGAAGUACCGUAACCGUUUAGUUCAAACGCUGUUUUCUACGGUCCUGCGACUUUCUACUUUUGCCAGCCUGUGCGUGACCUUUUGACGCCAGGUGCGUCGCAGAGGACGAGGCGGUCUGGAUACCGCGACCCGCUGCUCGGACGUCCAAGGUGAUAGAAGUCAACUAAUACUCUACUUCAGGGCUAUUGUAUUCUUCCCACAAAGAAUAGGAGUCUGCUUGUGGCAUGCGCUAAUACAGAGGGUCUGUGAAGACAUUUUCAGCAGGUGACUGUCCUCUGAGUUCACCACCCCUUCCAGGAUGAACGGCUACACCCCACCCUCCUUCCCCCAGGGAGGGUUCGACUCAUACACCUCACAACUCAAUGGUCAUGGUUCCCAGUCCACAGAGCCUCCAGAUUGCAACGCCAGGACCAACACCAAGUCCAUCUCUAAAGCCCUUUAUGAACAACGGAAGAACUACACCAAAAACAGCAUCAACAGCAUGACGAACACCUCGCAGUACCAUGUUGAGCACCUGACCACAUUUGUUCUGGACAGGAAGGAAGCCAUGAUCAACACUGAGGAUGGAAUCAGGAAGCUCCGCCUGCUGGAUGCCAAGGGGAAGGUAUGGACCCAGGACAUGUUGCUGCAGGUGGAGGAGAAGACAGUCAGCCUCAUUGACCCAGAGACCAAGAAUGAGUUGGAGAACUUUCCCUUGGGGACCAUCAUGCACUGCCAGGCAGUGAUGUCAUCCUGCAACUACGACUCCAUCUUGGCUCUGGUGUGUAAGGAGCCGGGCCAGGGCAAACCAGACCUGCACCUGUUCCAGUGUGACGACAUCAAGGCCAACCUGAUCCAGGCUGAUAUAGAGGGGGCCAUGAUGGAUCAGAAGGGAGGCAAGGUGAAGAAGAGACCUGAAACACUACGGAUGAUUCUGAAGAGUGACGGGGUCAUCCCGCCGCCCCCCGCGGCGCCCGCCCCCGAGCCCCCCGCCACCCUCACCCAGGUGGACGUGAGGAGUCGUGUGGCAGCCUGGUCAGCCUGGGCGGCGGAGCAGCAGGACUAUGAUAAACAGCCUCAGUAUUCUGACCAGAAUGAACCUUCGGAGAUGAUGGCUACCAGAGUGGAUCGAGACGUGCAAAUCCUGAACCACAUUCUGGACCACAUCGAGUUCUUCGUGACCAAACUGCAGAAAGCGGCUGAGGCCUUCAGCGAGCUCUCUAAGAGGAAGAAAUCUAAAAAGAACAAGAAGAAGGGACCCGGAGAGGGAGUUCUAACACUGCGAGCCAAGCCUCCCACUCAGGAGGAGUUUGUUGACUGUUUCCAGAAGUUCAAACAUGCCUUCAACCUGCUGGGGAAGUUGAAGUCCCACAUCCAGAACCCCAGCGCUGAUGAUCUGGUCCACUUCCUGUUCACACCACUCAGGAUGGUGAUCCAGACCUCUGGAGGGACAGAGCUGGCUAAGAGCGUGGUGGUUCCUCUGUUGACCAUAGAGGCUAUAGACUUCCUGCACUCAGCUGGGACGGCCGAGGAAAGACACCUGUGGGUUGCCCUGGGGGAGGGGUGGACCAAGUGCAGGUUGGAGUGGCCUAAGGACCACUACUUCCCUCCGUGUACGCUGCAGUUCCGUGAUGGUUGGGAACCUCCCAUGAUGCCGUUCGUCCCCCAAUCACGAGAGGCAGAGCUGAAUCAGCUGACCCAGACCCUCGCCCACUCUGAGAUCCUUAGACAGGAGGAGAUGGUUCACAGGCUGUCUACUGAGCAUCCGGGUGUACAGGACUUCCCGUCUUCACAAGGGUAUGCAAUGGACAACAAGGCCUACAAACGCAUGCACCUCUCGGACCAGGGCAUGGCUGUGCAGGCCUUCAACCAGGCCGUCUCACGACACGUAGACCGGAACUACGAGGCCCACGGCAGCAGAGGUCAGCCAAAACUGUUUGCCAAAUCCAAGUAUGACUUUGUGGCCAGAAACAACACAGAGCUGUCAUUGGUACAGGACGAGGUUGUGGAGGUGCUGGAUGACAGGAAGCAGUGGUGGAAAGUGUGUAACUGCUCCGGGGCAUCUGGCUAUGUGCCAAACAACAUCCUGGAGGUCACCAAGGCUGUGGACGUCACGAUGCGGGGGGAGCCCAUCUAUAGCCAUACUAUACAGAAACAGCGGACGGACUACGUCCCCAAACCCAUGGCCACUCCCAUGCCCCCCAUCCCUACACCCCCCAUCCCCACACCCCUCCCUCCUGCCCCGCCACGUCUCCCCACCCCUCCCCUGCCCCCCCCGCCCGAACCCCCCCGCCCCCCUCCCAGCACGGUGAGCAGACAGAGCAGCAACACCUCCAGCGACUCCGGAAGCAUCCCAGCCAGCGUCACCAUGAGAGACCACCCAAACCAGAGACCCCCGCCAGUCAACCGGAGGAAGUCCAACAUGGAGGAGGUUCAGGACGAGUUGAUGCACCGCCUCACGUUGGGUCGAAGCGCCAACAAGAAGUUUGCUGUUCCUGCUCGCAGCACCUCCCUCCCGUCCGUCAACAUCACGUACGACUCCUCCCCUGACGAGGUCAAGGCCUGGCUGCAGCUGAAGGGGUUCAGCUCUGUUACCAUUACCAGUCUGGGAGUAUUAACCGGAGCCCAGCUGUUCUCUCUAAAUAAGGAGGAGCUGAAGACGGUGUGUCCAGACGACGGGGCCAGGGUCUUCAGUCAGGUGACCGUCCAGAAGGCUGCUCUGGAGAGGAGUUCAGGGUCAGAGCUGCAGGAGAUCAUGCGGAGGCGUCAGGAGAAGCUGUCGGUCACAACCUGUGACUCAGGGGUGGAGUCAUUUGACGAGUGCAGCAACCACUGA